AUGAGCACUUCAGCGAACGACGCUAAUGCCAUUCGGGAGCUGGCGGAGAAGCCCGCCGACACCGCCGCGCGCUACUGUGGUGAAGCUUGCAACCUGGACUACGAUACGAACGACUCCGAGAGCGGCAACCUGGACGAAGUGUUGUUCUUUGCAGAGCCGCUGAAGGAGGCGCAGAUUCUUCUGCCAAACGGAAAGGCGAACCCGAAUUCGCCAAAAACGUCAAUGCAGACCUUCCUGCAGACCGUGCCGCACCUCUUCACUCUCACGCUUGAGGAGAUAUCCAGCCUCGACGUCAUGGUGCGCGAGUAUAGUCAGAUGGAUGUCAUUAUCGAGGAAGGGGCGUAUCUGGAGCACAUCUACGUGCUCGCCUCUGGCACGGUUGAGGUGAUGAACUCCAAGAAGGGCCUGAAGCGUGCGUUUGGUCACCGGCGGAUCGGCAGCAUGGUCGCGCCCAGCGUGUUCGGGAUCGACGACGCCAUCCUCGAGAACGCCGUCGAGUUCACCUACCACGCCAGCUCCAACACGAUGCUGCUGCUCAUCCCGCGCAAGCAGUUCAUGGACCUGUUUGCGCGCUCCCCUAUCUUUGCAAACAACAUCUCCAGCCAAAUCCUUCGAACGUUGCCCUCCUUCUCGGUGUUUCAGGAAUUUUGCCGCGCUGUGUUUGGCAUCUCCUCCUCCUCGGCGUCCGACGCACAAGGCAAGAGUAGCGGCUACUCCUUGUCGCUGCCUAUCCUCAUCCGCCUUUUCCGAUCCAGCGGCACCCUUCUGCACGAGCACGCCAACAGGAAGGAGGUGGACUACGAGGCACUGCGGUACUGCACCCGCCGCCUGCCCGUGAACAUCACCGUUACCUACAUCAUCAUCCUUACCCAAGGGAUUCCCGACUACCUCUCGGACGAGUUCCUCGCCGACGCCGCCAACUCGCAGCCCGGUGCCACGCCGUUUAUCGCUGCCGUCGAUACCGGGAAACGACGCCGCUGCGCGUGGACGUUUGGUGGCGGGGGACAGACCCUUGUCCUCAUGCGUGACGGCUUCACGGACACGAUCGACUUUGUGUCCAGCUUUUGCAUUUUCUGCAUUGAGGCGAAGAAGUUGCGCGCGCGGCUGCAGCAGCUGGUGUCGCCAUCGGCGGCCGAAGUGCUGCGAAAUGCCCUUGUGCCGGCCGAGAACCACUUCAGUGCCCACUCGCGCAUGGAAGAGGUUCUCGCGUCGCUACCCUUCUCGGAAGAUGAGUUACAGGGUCUCGAGAAUGUGUGGGGCGAGGAGACGCUGCAGCAGUUGUACAACAUUGUGGUGCACAGGGAGGAGUACGUGGUGAAGGUCGAGAACGUGAGCAGCAAGGUAUUCAGUGAGAACCCGUACGCGAACUGGGCCCUCACCAUCCUUCGCCGCAUCAAGAGUGUGCUCUGCGUUUCUGAGCUGGAGCCACUGCCGGAGGACAUUGUCGUCGACGUCCUCUUCCUUCCAAAUCGGACGCUGAAGAACCUCUUCUGCUGCAUGUCGGCGGACAUCAAGGCGCUUAUCGAGAACAUCUCGGAGGAGUCCGGGAUCGGAAAGGGCGAACGUGCCGGCAACUGGAAGAACGUGAAUGACCGCUACUACUACCUCUUGACAGGCUUGCUGGAACGGAAUGCGAUGGUUCGCGAUGCGUACCGGUCGCGGCUGCAGUCGAACGGGUUCACGCUCAUGGAGGACGGGCACGCUUCGGCGCUGAUUGUCGACCUGAUCGACGUCAGCAACAUAUCCCCCGACGAGACGGACCCGGUUUUGCGUGUGAGCGCCGCGCGGGCAAGCAAGAAGAGCAGGGAGGGAAAGCGGCACUUUAUCAUCAACGUGGACAAGACGUUUGGGGCCCAAAUCGAGGCAAUCUUGCGAUCUCUUCUGCUCACAUUUGGCAGCCGCAUCCGGAGUGUGAACCUCAGCGGCAAGGUUGCCGGUCUCACCGGCAACCGUGGCGACGUGGUGCUUCCGCAAAAGCUCAUCUUCUCCAAGCAAAGCUUCGGCGAAGACUCCACGGAUGAGAUUCGCUUGUGCAACCGCACGAGCUCCCGCUGCGAGGACAUCACACCGCUUCUCGACAAGUGGUGCUCGGCACAGGUGCACCACGGGACCUGCAUCACGCUCCCUGGUUUCAUGCUUCAGAGUCAGCCGGUACUUAAGUUCUACAAAACGGUGCACGGCUGCACUGCCAUUGAUAUGCAGAGCAGCUACGUCGCACGUCAGCUGGAGGAGUGUCGCCGCAACGGGGUGCUCCGCGAGACCAUUCCCAGUCGCUACCUCUUCUACUGCGACGACAUGCCCCUCGGCAAUGAGAACGGCUCGGUGCUCAAACCACAGAAAAGGGAGAUCAUCUCCGCCGUCUACGCCACUGCGCGCGCGCUCCUGUGCAAGAUUCUCGAGUCUUGA